AUGGCUGUGUCCCCCACAACUGGGCAACUGGAAUAUGUUUAUGACAAUGCGACAGAGAGAAGUGCAAGUAAGACCUUAGCUCCUGGGGAACUUCAAAAACUUUAUUUGGGUGAUUGGAUGAUUAUCUUCUCUCUGCUCAUUGCCCUGGUUGGGCUGGUGGGGAACAGCAUCGUCCUAUGGCUCCUGGGCUUCCGCAUCCCCAGGAACCCCUGCUCCGUCUACAUCCUCAACCUGGCCGUGGCCGACGACCUCUUCCUUUGUUGCUACUUUCUGAUGUACAUAAAUUACUUGUUUGGACCUUUUUAUUCUUGGUUAGUGUCCGAAGUACAAUUCCACCUAACAUACAUGUUCUACACCAUGGACCUGAGCCUCCUGGCUGCAAUCAGCACCGAGCGCUGUCUAGCCGUACUCUUCCCUAUCUGGUACAGAUGUCACCGCCCCAAGCGCACGUCUGCAGCUGUGUGCGCUGUCCUCUGGUUUCUGACCGGCUUGUUUGGGGUAACAGUUUAUGCGUUUUGUUAUCCUUUGUUUAUUGCUGGUUUUUGUUCCCCAUCCCUUUUCACUGGUGUUGCGUGUUUAUUCCUCCUCGCUUUUGUGCUGUGCGUGUCCAGCCUGACUCUGCUGCUGAGGGUCCAGUGUAGCUCCCAGCGCCCGCAGCGCCCCCGGCUCUACCUCCUGGUACUCCUCACCGUCCUCAUGUUCCUGCUUUGUGGCCUGCCCUUGGGGAUCACAGAUGUCAUAGAGUUUGUGACAAACUCAAGUUUCAUGCCACAUAGGCUCCCUUGGCUCCUGGCCUGUGUGAACAGCAGUGCAAAUCCCUUCAUUUAUUUCUUCCUGGGCAGCCAAAGGCAUAAAAGGAGGGAGCCCCUCAGAGCGGUCCUGCAGAGGGCCCUGGAGGAUGAGCAGGAGGUAGGAGGUGGGACGAGGGAGGACCCCCACACCAACAGUCUGGAGACAUCACUCUGA